CUGUUUUUAUCAACAAUUUGGAACCAGUGUGUCUAAUAAGGGCAGUUUCUAUGGAUGUAGCGGCCAGUAGCAACUCAAGAUUCAGCGAUGUUGACGAAUAUGGCUUUAAACGCUCGGAUAAUUUCGAUUACAAGAAUUAUGAGCAAUUCAUGUCCGGUUACCUGAAGACACUCACGAAGCGUCGUAUGAAAUGGGAAGCCGUCUUGCAACGUAAUUCCGAUCUCACUAUAGUCGAUAACAAAUUAAAACGGUACAUACGAAAGGGCAUACCAGGCCCAUUUCGUCCUGAUGUUUGGAUGAAAAUUUCCGGUGCCUCCAAACUGCAACAGCGCUCGCCUACGCUUUAUCGUAAUUUGUUGAGCGCGCAUUACGAGAAAGAAAUCUGCGAUUCCAUAACAAUUGAUCUACCUCGUACAUUUCCUGACAAUAUUCACUUUGAUACGAAAAAGGAGCGUCUCUUCAAUAUAUUGGUUGCGUAUGCGCAUCAUAAUCGCGAAGUGGGCUACUGCCAGGGCUUGAAUUAUAUUGCGGGUCUGCUCUUGAUUGUCACAGACGAUGAAGAGAAAUCGUUUUGGUUAUUGAAGCAUAUUGUCGAGAGCAUUGUGCCGCAGUAUCAUACAAAGAAUAUGGCGAACUUACUAAGGGACUUGGCAGUAUUCAAGGAGAUGAUUAUCCGACGAGCGCCGCAAGUUAAUCGACACAUAGAAAAUUUAGGCUUACCAUAUGCUGUGAUAGCGAGCAAAUGGUUCAUUUGCAUAUUCGCUGAGGUGCUUCCUGUAGAAACAGUGCUGCGUAUUUGGGACUGCGUUUUUGCGGAGGGUUAUAAGAUUGUCUUUCGCGUGGCAUUAGCAUUAUUCCUAACACACAAAACAGCAAUACUCCGCUGCGAUGAUAUCGCUGCAUUAGCGAAUUUAUUUCGUGAAAACAUGAUGCAGGAUGACAUUGUUACCAACUGCCAUAGUUUUAUAGAAGCCAUGUUCAAGAUACGUUUGAAACGCAGUGAACUGGAGGCAUUACGCAAAGUGUGCGUAGGGCGCAACAAUACUUAAACAGUAACUGAAAUUUGCAAACAUAAAAAUUAUGUGCCGAGAAUAUGUAGAACAAAAGCAAAACUCCUAUCAAAUAUGUAUUACUUGCGGCUUAAGUUACUUAAAAAAAAACACAUAAUGAAUAACUAGAGAAAACACACAACUACCUAAUACACAUGCAUAUGAAUGUACAAUAAACACGAGCUAAUUAUAGGAAAAUAGGAGUACGACAGACUUAAAUACAUAGUUAGCAAUACUAAAUGUUAGAAACUAGCCAGUGUUUCAUAUAGUAGUUUAGAAGAAGUGCAUAGCGGCCACAAAGGAACGAAAUUGCUUUCAAAAAAAAAAAAAAAAAAAAAACAAAGAAGAAGAUAAACGCAAACAAAUAAUUACAAUAAUACAAGUUAUACAUAUACAUACAUGUAAACAUAAGAAGACACAAAAGCAUUAAAAGCAACAGAACUACCAAAAUAAUACUAUACAAAGUAGAAUAAGUUAUAAAUGUAUACAUACUUAUAGGCUUUAUUAUUAUAAUUAGUAAAUAUAAUACUUAGCAGACUGGCGCAUACAUCAUGGAAAGUUGUUUAUGCCGAGCUUCUCUUCCAAUUCGUAGCGUUUAUUUGUUGUUCCAUAAAUGGAGGGACCUACA